AUGCAGAAAGCUAUCAAGGGUAGUGUACUCUCUGACUAUUUGGCACAUCAACCUGUGGAAGACUAUCAACCCAUGAAAUUCGACUUCCCCGACGAAGAUAUCUUGUUCAUUAGAAAAUGCAAUAUUACAGGCUCUAAGGAAGGCCCCGAACCAGGAUCGCGAUGGACGCUCGUGUUCGACAGUGCUUCCAAUGCUCAUGGCCAUGGGUGUAGGUGCAAUGAUCACUUCUCCAACAGGAUUCCAUCUUCCAUUUACCGCAAGACCCGUGACCACAAGCUAAUUCCUUAUAGAGAACAUGUCAUGAAGUUUAUUCCCUACUUUGAUGGAAUCACUUUUCAUCAUAUUCCGAGGGAUGAGAAUCAGUUGGCCAAUGCUCUUGCUACUUUGUCAUCCAUGUUCAAAAUACAGUGGACGAAUCAAGCUCCAUCCAUCAAUGUUGAGCUCCUAGAUGAACCCGUCUAUUAUCUGGAAGCUGAAGAGGAAUCAUAUGGAAAGCCUUGGUUCUAUGACAGCAAGAGGUAUGUUGAGAAGCAGGUGUACCCAGAGAAUACAUCUAUUACAGAUUUGAAAGCCUUGAGGAAGCUAGCCUCCAGUUUCUUCGUAAGUGGGGGAGUGUUGUAUAAGCGGAGUUAUGAUUCGAUCUUGCUUAGAUGUGUGGAUAGAUGUACAUGA